AUGUUGGCAGCCUGCGACGCUGGUCUUACAGGUCUGGGAGGCUCCCGCGAUGGUCUUACAGGUCUGGGAGGCUCCUGUGUUGGUCUUACAGGUCUGGGAGGCUCCGGUGUUGGUCUUACAGGUCUGGGAGGCUCCCGUAUUGGUCUUACAGGUCUGGGAGGCUCCCGUGUUGGUCUUACAGGUCUGGGAGGCUCUCGUGUUGGUCUUACAGGUCUGGGAGGCUCCGGUGUUGGUCAUACAGAUCUGGGAGGCUCCGGUGUUGGUCUUACAGAAAAUAAAGAAAAGCUCAGUGUUACACUCAGUGUGGCUGGUCUUACACUCAGUGUCCCUGGUCUUACACUCAGUGUCCCUGGUCUUACACUCAGUGUAGCUGGUCUUACACUCAGUGUGGCUGGUCUUACACUCAGUGUCCCUGGUCUUACACUCAGUGUCCCUGGUCUUACACUCAGUGUAGCUGGUCUUACACUCAGUGUGGCUGGUCUUCCACUCAGUGUGGCUGGUCUUACACUCAGUGUGGCUGGUCUUACACUCAGUGUGGCUGGUCUUACACUCAGUGUCCCUGGUCUUACACUCAGUGUCCCUGGUCUUACACUCAGUGUCCCUGGUCUUACACUCAGUGUGGCUGGUCUUACACUCAGUGUGGCUGGUCUUACACUCAGUGUGCCUGGUCUUACACUCAGUGUGGCUGGUCUUACACUCAGUGUGGCUGGUCUUACACUCAGUGUGGCUGGUCUUACACUCAGUGUGCCUGGUCUUACACUCAGUGUGGCUGGUCUUACACUCAGUGUGGCUGGUCUUACACUCAGUGUGGCUGGUCUUACACUCAGUGUGCCUGGUCUUACACUCAGUGUGGCUGGUCUUACACUCAGUGUGGCUGGUCUUACACUCAGUGUGGCUGGUCUUACACUCAGUGUGCCUGGUCUUACACUCAGUGUGGCUGGUCUUACACUCAGUGUGGCUGGUCUUACACACAGUGUGGCUGGACUUACACGAGGCUUGGAUGGGAGCCAGGGUUACAAACAUGAUAUUCUUGCACGAACUCCUCAGACAAACAUUGCUCAGUGCUCAUCAUAUUUUAAGACCAAACUACGCAACAAAUUUAUUAUUGUUAACAACAGUUAA